AUGAUGGAGAGCAUCUCGUAUGAGAGGUAUCCGAAGGAGAUUGCACUAACCAUCCCCUCUCCCCGCUCUAUGAAAGAUGGGAGCUCCCCCCUCCAAACCCCAUCUCGGGUCGCCCCCAAAACACCCAACUUCCGAAACCCUCGGCUCCCAGCGGGGGGUUUCAGCCAGCCCGAGCAAAUUCCUGCUUCUCCCCCCCCUCAAACUGCUGCGGAAGCUGCCAGGCAGCACGAGGCUCAGGAGGCGGAGGUUGCGGUGGAGCCGAGAAAAGUGUUCUGGGACGAGGCAAAGGGCCAGGUAAAACUGGCUGCACCGAUCGUUGGCAUGAACCUGGUGCAGAUGCUGCUCGUGCUGAGCUCAGCGGCGUUCGUGGGGCAUCUGGGGACGCUUGAGCUGGCGAGCUGUCAGCUGGCGACAACGCUGGCCAAUGCGACGGGUCAUUAUGUGCUGAUUGGCAUGAUCCUCGGCUUCGAGACCCUCGGCGGGCGCGCGUUUGGCGCGGGCCAGUACACCGAGCUCGGCCACAUGAUGCUAUGCUCCGUCAUUCUCCUCACCCUAGUUGCUGUACUCGUCUGCGCCAUAUGGACUCAAGCCUACCCGAUUCUCCUCUUACUGGGACAAGACCCCGAACUGGCGAAAAUGGCGGCGCGCUACCUGAUCUUCCUCAUCCCUAGCAUGUUUGCGCACGCAUGGUCUGCGCCGCUAGUCGUGUUUCUACAGUCCCAGGGGGUCACGGGGCCGCUCGCGUGGUGUUCUGCACUGACUCUGGUGCUGCACGUGCCGGCCAACUGGCUCUUAAUCUACUACCUGGGCUGGAAAUCCGACGGCGCCGCGAUCGCCACGUCGAUCUCCUACUGCGUCAUGUUCCUCAUCCUGGCCGCACACGUGUACUUCACCAAGCGCUACGCGCCCUCGCGGCCGCGCUUCGCGUGGAACAAAACCUUCCGCAACUGGCGGCCGCUCGUCAAGCUGGCGGCGCCGUCCACCGUCAUGCUCUGCCUCGAGUUCUGGGCGUUCGACAUUCUGUACAUCCUGGCGGGGCUGCUGCCGGACCCGAUCGUCGUCGUGUCCGCACUGUCCGUCGCCAUGAACGCGUCGUGGCUCGCAUCCAUGACGUACAUUGGGCUGGGAGCCGCGCUGAGCACGCGCGUGUCCACCGAGCUCGGCUCCAACUCCAGCACCAAAGCGCGCGUGGCCGCGCGCGUCGGCCUCACCGCGGGCGCGUUCCUGGGGGUGUGCGUGUGCGCGAUCAUCCUGGCGACCGCGCGCUGGGUGCCGCUCAUCUUCGUUAGUGCCGAAGACACCAAAGUGCUGCGCCUCUCCACCCAGCUCAUGAUGAUCCUGGCCUGCCUCGCGUUCUCGGACGCCAUCUCGCAAAACGCCGGAGGUGUUAUUCGCGGCUGCGGACGUCAGCCGCUCGGCGCGACAAUCACUCUUUCGGCUUACUACGUCAUAGGGCUGCCCACGUGCGCCGCGCUGGCGUUUGGCUUCAAGCUGGGCAUCUGGGGUCUCGUGGGAGGUCAGAUCCUGGGAGUCACGUGCCAGGCCGCGUUCCUUGCGACAGCUGUCGCCUUCACAAACUGGCCACGUCAGGCUGCCAGAGCGCUGGCCUCAGUGUUGGAGACCGGCAGGGCCGACGCACAGCCCACGGCCAACGAGAAUGAGCGAGCGACUGAAGGGGACCGGCUCGAAAUCUAG